AUGUCUUCACUCGGACUCAAACGAAAAUCACUCGUCGAACACGAUGCGCAACCCCGAAAGUACAGUCCUACAGAGGGUGCCGUCUCACUGGCCGUUCUUGGUUCACAAAAUGGUUCGACGCGACAUUCACAUGGACAAAUGUCAUCGUAUAGCAAUCGGGAUACGCCACAAACGAACCAUCGAGCCUUGCAGUAUGAGCGGGCUUCUCCGGCGCUCGCCACAGACAACGAUUCAUGGCCGAGUACACGAAAGUUUAGACUCAAUUCAUCUAUUGUCUUGAUUGGGAUUCGAGGGACUGGCAAGUCUAGCCUAGCGGUUAUUCUGGCAGCUGCCUCUGGUCGCCAAUUGAUCGACUCGGAUCAAUAUUUUCGUCAAGUCAGUGGCUGCUCCCGCGCCGAAUUCAAAAAGGACAACGAUCAUGCGAUUUUUCAACAACAAGAAGCCCUAGUUCUCGAGUCUAUGCUGUGGGACAACCAGGAAGGCUGCAUCAUCGUCUGCGGAGCGGGAACAAUGGAGCGUCGUGGCCAGAAACUUUUGAGGGAAUAUGCCCUCACACAUCCAAUCAUCCACGUUGUUCGAGAUCCUGAAAGCAUUCAAUCAUAUUUGAAAGCCUGGGAUACGCAGAAAGUAUCACAUUUCCUCCAGAUCGCAGGCCCAAUAUACCGAAGCUGCUCCAACCUGGAGUUUUUCAACCUCUCGGAGACCGUACCCAGGGGUGGCACCAAUACAACACCAAGCGAACAGGAUUCGUCACUCGAGUCUCAAAUCGACCAGCGCCCGCAAGCGUCCACGCCAUUUCUGACACUGAAGAAGAUUCAGCGGGAUUUUCUCUCAUUCGUCGCCUUUAUUACAGAUGACCGCGAGGAAACCGGCCGUCAGCAAGCUUCUUUUCCGUUGUCAUUGUUGCCUGUCGAAAGCCGUCGCAAUACCUUGGCGCUUUCGGUUCCCUUCUCCGCAUUAUGUGAGACUAGUGUGGAUAUUGAGGAGCUUGAAUACAAUGUUGAUGCAGUCGAGCUAGUCAUUGACGUUGUGGAGCACACGGCUCAGGCCGCCAGCGAUUUGGAUCUGGCUGACAAAAUCAGUCAUGCUGUUGCCCUCAUACGCCGCCAUACUAUUGUUCCUCUCAUUUAUCAUGUGGAAAGCUACGUCAGGCCUAGGAGGCCCGCUUCGGCAAAUCGAAACGAACGUGUCUCUGAUCGGGAAUACUCGGCGCUUGUUCAACAAGGCCUGCGGCUCGGCCCAAGCUUCUUAACGAUUGACCUGGACCGUGACAAGACUUUACUCGCUAAAGUCAUCAGAAGCUGUGGCAACACAAAGAUCAUCGGACACUUUGAGUCUCGCCAGCCUUUUCCGGGAGGUUGGGACGGCGACGAAUGUUUAAGGAUAUAUGAACGUGCUCAAAAGCUCGGGUGUGACAUGCUGCGGAUUUGUCAACCGGCCAUGAAAGUUGAAGACAACGACGCUGUACAAAGAUUCCGACACAAAGUUCAAAAUCUCCCGAUAAGGGCUAUUCCGGUGAUUGCCUAUAACACAGGACCUCUUGGUCGUAUGUCACGGUGCUUCAAUCCCAUCCUCACGCCAGUCACGCACUCGCAUUUUGGCAAAUCAUCGGGUCUCGUUGACUCGGACGUAACCGCCGUUGCCGUUCAGAAGGCGCUCUACAGUUCAUUCGUGUAUGAUCCCAUGCAAUACUUCGUCUUUGGUGCCAAUGUCAGUUACAGCAUGUCUCCUGCCAUGCACAACGCUGCAUUUGAAGUGUGUGGAAUGCCGCAUCGCUACUCCAUAUUUCAAAGUGCAGAACUUCGUGGGCUGAACGAGCUGGUGGAGAACCCUUAUUUCGGUGGCUCAAGCGUUAGCCUGCCCUACAAGACCGAAGUCAUACCUCUUCUACACUCCAUGUCACCGCAUGCCCGGGCCAUCGGUGCUGUCAACACGAUCAUACCUCUUCGGAAUAAUGACCUCGCGGACGCUCGUGUCUCAGAGGUGUCAUCAAUCCACCUUGAGAGAACACGUGCUGGUCCGGUAAGAGGAAUCCACGGAGACAACACCGACUGGAUUGGGAUCUGCAACUGUAUUCGACGGGGACUGUCGCCGGCCAACGCAAUUCGUCAAACAACCACGGGCUUGGUCAUUGGAUCAGGUGGCAUGGCUCGAGCGGCCAUCUAUUCUAUGAUCCAUUUAGGCGUGCGAAAUAUUUUCGUGUACAACCGAACCGUCGCGAAAGCCGAAAGACUAGCCGAACAUUACAAUCGGCAGGACUUGUUCUCCCAGGGCCGAAGACCAGAAGACCGUCCACGGGUGAGGAUUCUCAGCCAUCCUGAUGAUCCCUGGCCUGUCGCUUUCAAGCAACCAACGAUUAUCGUCUCGGGUAUUCCGGCUCACAGUAUAGCCGGCGAACCAGCUCCCAACUUCAAUGUACCAACCCAAUGGCUGGAAAGUCCAACGGGUGGCGUUGUAGUCGAUCUGGCCUACAAACCUCUCAAUACGCCACUCAUGAAACAAAUUCGCGCUCUUUCUCAUCGAGGUUGGGUUGCGUUAGACGGCUUAGAUGUGCUUCCUGAACAAGGGUUCGCUCAAUUCGAACUAUUUACCGGUCGUCGCGCACCCCGUCGCCUAAUGCGUACCAUUGUGCUUCAAGAAUACGAGGACGAUGAAGUACACGAUGAUCGCAACGCCAUACAAUAUCGGUUGAGGAACCUCGAUGGUCAGCUCACAUGA